AUGGCUAGGAUUGGCAAGGGGCAGGCCUUUACCAGCAAUGACUUUAAAAAGGCCAUCUACGCCAUCAGAGGAAAUAAUCGCCAGACAAAAGGAAUGGCAUGUUCGGUUGCUAUUGAAGGACAAAACGAAGGCUCUGUUCUGUUAGUUACUGACACUUGGAAAGGCCCAGAACCGAUCACGGGGUGUCGAUUGCACCGCUAUUCACGCAAAAAGCAACACUUCGAAGACUAUCGACUUAAACCUAUAAGCAUUACAGUGCGUGGAAACUUCUCCUUAGUUUUGUGUGAUUUUGCAUGUGACGGUAAAGGCAGUUUUGAGAUAAAAAGUCUUCAUAAGAAGUGUUUGAGUGGUCAGCAGCUCAAGAGGGACUUCCGGGUUUACACGAUUUAUCGAGAUGAAUGUAAAGUCCUGGAAUUAAUAUACAAUGAUGGUAGUUACAAACUUAUUGACAAUGGUUUAUAUGAUCUCACAUUAUGCGGAUCCCCAAUCAUUGAUGAGGAUAACUUUAAAAAAUAUCUCGUGGGAGUUUUGACGACCAACGCUGAGGGCAAAGUUAUUCCUUGUUUCCUGUCUAAUGGGGUAUUAGGUGAGUAAUGUCAAUGAUGAUGAUUGAAAUACUAUAUUUUACUUGAUUAAAUGCAACCCUGGAGUAAACGCUGAUCUUGAUUAAAUGCUGAGAUUGAAACAAAAUUACAAUUAAACGCCUCCCCCGAUUAAAUGCCACACCCAAUAAGAAGAAUGCACCAUUUAUUUGAGGAUUAACAAUGGUAAUUGGACUGAGUGGAGUCCAAUUCGGUCUAAAAUCGUACAAGUGAUUAACAAGCAGGAGUCCGAUUUGUUAAUCACAGGUAUGAUUUCAGAACGAAUUGGAUGACAGGAAGUUCUGUAACCAACUAAUCAUGACUAUAACAAAAUUUGUGAUAGUUUAGGCUUUUUUCUAAUUAAAACACAAGAAAUUCCCAGAGUUUUUUGGCUAGCCGUGAGCAAAAAAGACAUUUAAGAACGCAGGUACGCUGGCGCCCAUUGUUCAUGUGAUUAUUUGUGCAUGACGCAUACUGUCCAUUAGUGCUGAAAUCAGGACAGUUGAUGGCCAAUCAGAUUUGAGAAUUUUGUUAUAGUUUAUGAUAAUAAUAAGAAAAACUCGAUACAACUUGCUGGUCAUCUACACAAUCCAGACAAUCACGAUUCUAUCUUAGCAUAAAAAGCAAAAGCAAGUCAUGGGAACUUAAAAUUAAACAUCUUUCUGCUUUAGAGACAUUAAAUAUUUACAAAAUUUAUUUCAUUUUAAAUGUAGAAAUUACAUAGAGGAUAUUACACGGUGGCGCGAAGAUAUGAAUUUUAUUUUCGAGUGGCAAAACAAUAUUUUACGAACGAGCGCAGCAAGUGAGUAAAAUAUUGUUUUUGCCACGAGAAAAUAAAAUUCAUAAAAUUAUCUUCAAGCCUCCGUGUAAUGUUCUUUUUAUUAUAUAGACAAAAAGACAUUGAUAAAAUAAUAGAUUUUUAUUCGCCAAAAAGUAAUUGUGACGGCUCAAAUUUACAGUACAGCAAUAUAAGACAUGGUUUACAAUAAUCUUGAGAAAUAACACUGAGCUGAAUAGGGCUCUACAAUGACAAAAUAUAAGCAAAACUUUGAAAAAUGUGUAAUUAAAAUUCAAAGGACGCAAGACGCCUACAAAUUUUGGAGGGAAAUUACUGAAAUUACGUCAUCGAUAAACUCACGUGUGAGAUUAUGGAAAAUAAACCACUCGGGUCCCGGAUGUAGUUUUUAUGAAUUUUGCGAGUGCUAUAUUUUCCAGUAAAACACUCGUGUCUAUAUAAUAAGAUAAACUAUUUAAUAGUGUAUUAUUUCUGCAUUUAAAAUGAAAUAAAUUAGGGUCAUUGGAAAAGGUCUGUUAUCUUAAAUUAAAUAGGGUAGCAAAAGGAAUGGCUUUUUUUUCUCAGAGGGACAAAAUUUGAAAUCAAAGAUGGCUAUGACUAUGCUACAAAUUUUCUUGGAAUAAAUAGGUGAAUCAUACAAGUCUGUUCCUAGAAGAGCUGACUCUUUUGAUUCUAUUUUUCUUGUGACCAUCUCUCAUUUGCAAUCACUCACUCUAGUAUUGGCAUUUUGGGUUGUCGCUAAUGGGAAGCUUAACUGUAGUAUUACUUACAUUAUAUAUCACUUUGUCUUGAGACUACAACUUAUAGGGUAUGCACAGUCUUGAAAAGUCGUAUAUGAAUUCCAUUUUUCCUUGAAAAGUCCUCAAAUUUCUUUGCAAGUCCUUGAAAAGUCCUUGAAUUUUCUUCAACUUUGAAUAAAGUGGCCUGGAAAAGUGGCCUGGAAAGUGUUUGGUUGUCCAAGACAUAAUAUAAGUCAUAGCUCAGAGAAUUUGAUUGUUAUUUUGAUAAAGUGCUCUAUGUUUUAUGCAAGAAUUUAUAAUCAAUUUAAGACAAGUGAACUGAAAAAUGUAGAGUUGUUGGUGGAGCAAACAGUUCAAGCCUUAAAUUAAAGCCUUAUUAGAAAAAGACUGGGAAUAUGUAUUUUUGAGCAAUGUGUGAAAUUAUAUAGAAGGUGGUCCUUGAAAAUCUAAUGUGGUCCUUAAAAAGCCCUUGAAAAAUGGUUGCAAUUUUUUGUAUGAACCCUGAAUUAGUACGAAUGAUCUGAUUUACAUGUACUUACAUGUAGCAUCAAGAUUACAUGAUAAAUAGCUAUUAAUUAAGCUAAGCUACUUAUCAUAUACCCUAUUUCUGAAAAAUGUUUACUUGUUUUGUUAAAAUAUGACAUUACUUUUUUAUAGAAGAGCCAGCAUUCACCACACAUCCUAAAAAUCAUCAGACACUGAGGGAAGGGGUAAAUAUAACCUUCUCAAGUGAUGCACAUGGCAUUCCUGAACCAACAUUUACUUGGACCAAAGAUGGAUCGGCUGUAACUGCCAAUGAUAGAAUCAGUGUAUCAGCAGAUAACAAAAAACUGAGUCUUACAAAUGUGAAUAGGGCAGAUAGUGGAGAAUACAGAUGUGUGGCUACCAACAGUGUGGGCACAGUUAACUCCAAUGCUGCUACAUUAACAGUACUUUGUAAGAAAACUUUUACUUACUCUUUAUUUAAACCCAAUUGAAAAAUCACUUCCACUGCUCCUAUCCUGGAUUAUCUCAGUUACUCCAUAUGAGUGCUGCCUUUCAAAAUAAAGGGCUUGUCAGGUGCCUCUCUAACUUGAUUACCUCUCACUAUUCUUUUAUUCAGAAUCAAAAAAGUUGUAGAAUGCUAGAAAACACAGUUAUUUUGUAUUUGUGUUUUUUUGCUAAUCAAUGGAGCCUUGAGUUUUUCCUUACUCAUAUUAAUAUCUCUAUAUGAGAAGUGUUUACAUAACUGUAUGUUACUCAUUGACAAGUAAACCCAGUUUCUUGUGGUCUUGGACUAGAGUCCAGAGUACUGCUAGAGUCGCACAACACUGAUGCUGUCAAUCAAUGCAGUGACUGUGAGUAUGAUGUCGAACAUCUCAGAAUCACAUUUACCUUUAAAAGGCUUAGUUUCCUUGGUCAACACAUAUAGCAAUUGGUUAGCUAAGUUUUGUUUUGUCGGUGUGUCUUCAGAUCAUUGAAGUACAUCAUUAACUUCAGUCCUAAGGUAUUUUGUAAAGUAGAUGUUAAACUGAAAAUGUACAACAUUCUGGCUAGUAAGGUGCAUUUAGUCAUUCAUUUCUUAUGACAGAUCAGCCUGAAUUCACAGCACAUCCACAGAGUCAGACACUUGUGGAAGGAUCAAGUGUAACCUUUUCAAGUGAUGCAAAUGGCGUUACUGAACCAAUAUUUUCAUGGACCAAAGAUGGAUCUUCCGUAACCGCUGACAAUAGAAUCAGUUUAUCAGCGGAUAACAAGCAACUGAGCCUAACGAAUGCGAAUAGGACAGACAGUGGAGAAUACAGAUGUUUGGCUGCUAACAGUGUGGGCACAGUUAACUCCAAUGCAGCUACAUUAACAGUACUUUGUAAGAAAACUUUCACUCAUUUUUUACUUAAGUCAAAUCGUUGUGCAAUCCUGUGUUGCUAAGUAAACAUUUGUAAAUUUUACUUUCCCUUUCGUUGCCUGGAUCUAUUUUAGCCACUCCUUAUCAACAUCAAUCUGUAGGUGAUUUCAAAAACUAAAUGGAAAAAGAGAGUUAAGUUAAUUAUUUUAUUUCUUUCUUUUUACAGUUCCUCCAGAAUUCACUGCACACCCACAUAGUCAGACAUCGAUGCAAGGAUCAAGUGUAACCUUCUCAAGUGAUGCAAAUGGCAUUCCUGAACCAACAUUUUCUUGGAGCAAAGAUGGAUCUGCUGUAACUUCCGACAAUAGAAUCAGUUUAUCAGUAGAUAACAAACAACUGAGCAUUACAAAUGUGAAUAGGACAGACAGCGGAGAAUAUAGAUGUGUGGCUGCCAACAGUGUGGGCACAGUUUACUCCAAUGCGUCUACGUUAACGUUA